AUGAAGGAAGCCCAGGUUUCUAAAGGCACGGUGGUUGUGAUCAAGGAUGUUGAGAUUCCACAGCCGGGUCCCAAGCAAGUCGUUAUCAAAGUUAUAGUGAGCGGAACUAACCCUAAAGACUGGAAACUCCCCGAACUCGGCAUGCAAAAUGAUGCCAACACAGGCGACGAUAUCGCCGGCUACGUGCACAGCGUCGGGUCCGAAGUCUACGAGUUCAAGCCAGGAGACCGUGUCGCUUCCUUCCACGAAAUGAUGACUCCUGGAGGCAGCUUCGCAGAGUACGCGGUAGGCUGGCAACACACGACGUUCCACAUCCCCAAGUCCGUCUCCUUUGAAGAAGCAGCCACCAUUCCCCUCGCCGCCAUGACAUCCGCAAUUGGCCUCCAAGUGCGACUCGGACUCCCCGACCCCUGGACACCCGUGCCCGACGGCAAAAAACUACCCCUAGUCGUCUACAGCGGCGCCAGUGCCGUCGGCGCCUUCGCCAUCAAAAUCGCCCACAAAGCAAAUAUCCACCCCAUCAUCGCCGUCGCAGGCCGCGGAACAUCAUACGUGGAAACGCUACUGGACCGCUCCAAAGGCGACACAAUCAUCGAUUACCGCAGCGGCGACGACGCCGUCGUAAACGGGAUCCGAGAUGCGCUCCAAGGAGAAAAACUACACUACGCUUUCGACGCCGUGUCCGAACACGGCUCUUAUAAUAACAUCGCAAAGGUGCUUGACCCUUCUGGCGCGAUUGCGCUCGUGCUGCCGGCCAAGGAGAAGGAGGGUAUACCGGAGACUGUGACGCUGACGAUGACGAUGGUGGGCUCGGCGCAUGCUCAGGAUGCGGAUUUCGCACAUGUCAUGUUUAGGUGGAUGGCGAGGGGUUUGCAGGAAGGGUGGUUUAAGGGGCAUCCGUUUGAGGUUGUGCCGGGGGGGUUGGCGGGUGUGGAGACGGGAUUGAGGAAUUUGAAGGAGGGUAAGGCGAGUGCGGUUAAGUAUGUUUAUAAGAUUGGCGAGGAGUGA